GAAGAGUGAUGUGUGGUGCUGAUGCUGGGAACCACACGGGCGGGGAGCAAAGCAGCGAGCAUCCAGCAUCCAUAGCAAUGGUGGAGAAAAAUCAAAAGAGUAUAUUGACGCAUGAAACGAGGUUAUGAGCCUCCAUUCGUAAGAAAAUGAGCAGAUAAAUGGCUCGUUUAAACUGGGGGCUGCCAGAGUGCUCUCAGGGUUGCAGUGCCUAGCGCCAGCUCUGCAGGACAACGCCAACAUGAACGGCACUGCGGAGCAGCAGGACAUUCUGCCUCCAAACUGCAUGGUCAAAGAGAGAUGGAAAGUGUUGAAGAAGAUAGGUGGAGGGGGAUUCGGGGAAAUCUACGAGGCGUUGGAUCUGCUGACACGGGAGAACGUGGCGUUAAAAGUGGAGUCAGCUCAACAGCCCAAACAAGUCCUGAAGAUGGAGGUAGCGGUUCUGAAGAAACUGCAGGGUAAAAAUCAUGUGUGUAAGUUCAUUGGCUGCGGGCGAAACGAUAAGUUUAACUAUGUCGUCAUGCAACUGCAGGGUAGAAAUCUGGCGGAUCUCAGGCGAAGCCAGCCACGUGGCACCUUUACCAUGAGCACAACACUUCGCCUGGGAAAACAGAUCCUAGAAUCUAUAGAGGCCAUUCACUCUGUUGGCUUCCUCCACCGAGACAUCAAACCGUCAAAUUUUGCCAUGGGAAGGCUACCUUCUACAUACAGGAAAUGUUAUAUGCUAGACUUUGGCCUCGCACGACAAUAUACCAACACUAAUGGAGAAGUCCGACCGCCCAGAACUGUUGCAGGAUUUCGAGGGACUGUUCGAUAUGCAUCUGUAAAUGCACAUAAAAACAAAGAAAUGGGUCGCCAUGAUGACCUGUGGUCUUUGUUUUACAUGUUGGUUGAAUUUGCUGCUGGGCAGCUACCGUGGAGGAAAAUCAAGGACAAGGAGCAGGUGGGUCAGAUUAAGGAGCGUUAUGAUCACAGGAUGCUUCUUAAACACAUGCCAUCAGAGUUUAAUGUCUUCCUCGAGCAUGUUUUAGGCCUCGACUAUUACACCAAACCAGACUAUCAGCUCCUGAUGUCAGUGUUUGAGAACAGCAUGAAAGAACGCAUCAUCACAGAGAACGAGCCGUAUGAUUGGGAGAAAAGUGGGACGGACUCCAUGAUGUCUGCCACCACACCUACUGCAGCGCAACAAAACACACGGCCUACAGCAGCGAUGAUUGGGGUCAUCAAUGUGACCCUGAUGCCAGGUGAUGUUCAGAGGGAGAACACUGAUGAUGUUGUGCAGGACGAGCACUUGAGUGACCAGGAAAACGCCCCUCCAGUUCCCUCCGGACAGCCGGGUGAUGGCAGCCAGUUACCCACGGAUGCAGACGGGUGGGAGGAAACCGAUAUCAACCGCAACAAACUCAGGAUUACUUUUGGAAAGGGGGGUCAAGAGGAUGACCGUAACCGGGGUGUGUGUCCUGUGUCACCACAAAGGGGAGGGGGAGGUUUGGACUCUCCAGGUGUGCAGGUGCACUCGCUCAGGUACCGACGGGUCAACAGCCCUGAAUCAGACCGUUUUUCUGCCGCUGAAGGGCGAGAGGGUUAUGGGCAACGAUCUCGAAUGGACAUCCUGGGUUCUCCCUCUCGGCACGUUUACUCCUCCCAACCUGCUCAGAUGCUGUCUGUGGACGGUUGCCGUGGAGACCGCGGGCGUAACGAGGCCUCUGCGUCAGUGGACCAGGAAGCCCACAGCAACGCUUUCAUUCGCUCUGUACCACUCGCCGAAGAGGAGGACUUUGACAGCAAAGAGUGGGUGAUCAUAGACAAAGAAACAGAGCUCAGAGACUUCCACCACCUGCCAGGGGCCGAGCCCACCACAUCCGGCACCACGGAUGAGGAGCCGGAGGAGUUACGCCCUCUAGAGGACGGAGAAGAGCGGCGGAGACAUAGAGGGACAGAUCCGUCAGUCAGACCCAAGACGUCACAUGGAGACCGGACGACACGGGGCAUGCUGCCCCUUACGGAGGAGGAGACAUCCAGGAGGAGUGGGAAAGGGCAGUCGACGUCAGCGGAGAGCCCUGUGCAGUCACCGUGUCACUCGCUGCCCUCCGGACGGCCUCGCCGGAAAGAGUUAGACUCCAACGGACCUCAGAGACAGGUCUCUGCCCCAAGUGAGCCUCUGUUGUCACCGACUGACUACAGGACUAAAUCGCCAUCCUCAGAGAAGGAGAUGUUCCAUAUCCUUCCCAAACUGCAGGCUAAACGAGCUGACUUUCUCACCGUCAUGCUCACAGGUAGCCUGCAUCAGCGUCGGGCCUUCACGGCUACACCACCUGAGACUCAGCAUGAAGGACCUAGAGAUGAUGAUGUCACGAAAAGCGAGUCCAGUAGUGGAGCAAGCGAAAAGAGUACAGAACGUAGUCAAGAUGGGGCACCAUCCACCUUAGUGGCUGAUGAUCCUCACAAGGAGCAGAAGGAACUGGGUUCAGUGGCUGAUGUAGAUCCUGACCAAGAGGACGUCUCAAAGACCCUUGUUUUGUUUUCACCAGGAGACAUGAAGAAGUCUCCAAAUGCUAUGAAUGGGAAUGAAGUGGAUCAGGGUAUCGCAGGUUCUGAUGCUCCUCAAAAUGUGCAGUCGGAUAAAGGUGAUCAAGUAGAGGUGCAGGUUCAGGAGGAUAUUAAGCAGGUGCAGAGGCCCUCAGAUGACGGAGACCCAUCCAUACAGAUGUCUAAACCAGUGGUAACCAUCUCAACAACUCCAGUGGCCUCAGCCUCAAUUGCAUCACCCCCCUUCUCCAAAGUGGAGCACACUUUUGUACACAUUGCUGAGACAACCCAUCUAAAUAUCAUGCCUUCCCAUGGUGCACAGGUCAGAGAAGGUGACCUGGAAGUUUUAGAAAUUGCUGAGGACAUUCAGAUGAAAAUCAAGUCAGUCCUUUCUAUAGAGCCAGAAAGCGUAAUCUAUCCUGAAGUCACCUCUCAGACUCCUACAGAGGAGUCUCAGGUACUCAAUGUUCUGGAUGGUUCUUUCCCAAAGGAGACUUCUGAAAAACAGGAAGGUCUUACGGUUCCCAUAUCCAUAGAGUUAAGGGAACCCCUCCAGCAAGAUUCAUCAACUGAUGGAAAACUGCAACCAAAAGAAGAACAUCAAGAGGAAAAGCCAGUACCUGGGAAUGGCACAUGGGGUAUUGGGCUUUCUAAACAUCCACGGACAAGGAGCAAGAGUCGCAUUCCUAUUCUGGUCUCAGAGGAGGACAUGGGAUCAGAACAAUCCCUUUAUUCCAGAGAACGGCUGCGAAGAAGAGCCAUUCAGCAGGACUUGGCACGUUUGGCUGUGGAAAGACAGCGGCAGGGACACUGGACGAGACUGAAUUCCAGGACUUCAUCCUCAUUGUCUUCUGGAGAAGAUCCCAAGAGAGCCUCAGAGAUGCUUGCUACUACAUGCUCAGAGGAGGAUGUCCAGGAAUCUUACGAUUCCCUCAACAAGCUUAGGAAGGAGGCUGAAGAGAAGAAUAGGACUGGGUGGAGCAGCAGGAUCCCCAGACCAGUAACCCCGAUAAGGAAGCCUUCAAGCAAACUAGUGGUUGUAGCCCCUGUUAUCUUGCCAGGAGCUAGCACUGUGAAAUUAAAGCAAAAAUCAAACAAUGGCCCAAAGGUUGAAUUGCAAACAGGAUCAAGCGCUCCACCACUCCACACAAGAUCGAAAUCGACACUGUCCCGUUCGACCAUGCCAAGUGGAAGUAAUCGCAUGCCUUUCCACUGCAUUCCUGCAUCAUCCCGUCGCAGUUUAAGCACUGCAGACUGCACUUUCCCCUCCAAACGCAUCGCUAGCCCCUCGCCCCAGAGGUUGCCCCUGCGAACUGCGGUCAGUGAGUCGCGCAAGCAGCCAUUUGCCCUCCGAACCACUGUGGAGCUGCCGUUAAAGUCCAGGACUACUACUUGCAGCGGCCCAAAACAAUCCCCCAAUACAGCUGUGAGGAAUCGAACCAAAGCUUCUGCUCCUUUGAAGAACACAGUUCCCGUGAGAAUGGAAAAAAGCACAAGCAACAACGCAGCUGCAGCCAGAUAAGACACUGUGACUGCUGAUUACUGCGAUUGUUUUCUUCUCAAGUACUUGAACAUAUUGCCUCAAAAGUGCAUCUUCCCCAUUGACCAAAAUUAACCUUUUAAUUAUGUUCUUCCUAAUUAACAAAUGUCUUGUUCCAGUUUUGAACUCUGCACCAAAUAGUUUUAUGUUGUACCAUAAGAUAGUAGAACUUUCACACAUUUAGCUAACACGGUGCUAUACUCUAUACAUUAUGUGUGUUCUGUUGUGCAUAUUUAAUUUAUAUCUGGUUUUUGAAGGUGUAAUUUAUAAUUAGUUAGAUAAGACAUUGUCUUUGACCCUUGUCAAACAUGGUAAAUUGCGUUGACAAUACUAUAAACCACCAGGCACACAGAACAUUGUAAUAUAUAUCACAUAUCCAUUGAAAACACUGGUCUGCAGCCAGGCCCUCUUUGUAAAACUUGUGACAAUGGGCAUGCCUUGUCUUUAGCUUGUUUCAAGUGUUGGAAUAUACUGCUGUAUGCUUGUACAAAUUCUUUACAGUAUUUUGUGCAGAAACCUCAUUAUUUUUUAUCAGGCAAAAGAAAUGGUAAUGUAUUUGGUUCUUAUUUUGUUAAAGGAGUAUAUUGUUGGUUCCACACCAAGUUGUCUUGGUUUUUAAGCAUGGCAAACUUCACACAUUAUUUAUUGUCAAUAUGAAUUAUUUCUAAAUGAACCAGUCCCACCUAUUUUGCUCUUAUUACAAUGGUGAGAUUUUUGUUGGAGAGCAUAAAAUUAUCAAGUCUUAAUUAUGUGUUAUGUUGUUUCUUUCAGGUCCUUUUUCACAUGACAGUCAAAUGUAUUAUGCAAGAGCCAACUGCAUUUAAAAUAGUUUGAACUAAUAUGUCUUUUAGGAAACAUUUUCAAUAUCAUUAUAAUGGAAAGUGAAGCUUUGAGGGUCUCUGAUUUUGAAUAUGACAACUCUCUGUGCUGCUUACCAAAAUUUGAAAUACUGACCCUACUGGCUGACACUGAAACAUUUUUUGAAUGAGCACGUGUGAGCUCCAGUUUCCAGGAGAAAUGUCCACAGAGGGGCGCCAAAAGCAAGUUGCACAGCGAGUUUUUAUUUGUUACAUUAUUUUUUUUUUAUCAUGUAGCUA